GGCCUCCUCCCCGCGUAGAUAUAGUAUUCCAUAUCCCUUUCCCCACUGAAUCUGAAGGAGCUCUAUCGCAGAAAUGGAAAGAAAGCUUCUUGUGACCUUGUCUGUGAUACUCUUUUCUUCUGUUGCGGCAGAUGAUUACGUCCGACCAGAACCUCGUCAAGCUUUACAGUUUCCAUGGAAACAAAAGUCCACUUCUCAACCCGAGCAGGUGCAUAUCUCAUUGGCUGGAGACAAACACAUGCGAGUGAGUUGGGUCACCAACGACAAAUCAUCCCCUUCCUUUGUUGAAUACGGAACAUCUCCAGGGAAAUACUCUUUCCUUGGUCAAGGAGAGAGCACUUCUUACAGCUACAUAUUCUACAGAUCAGGGAAGAUACACCACGCCGUCAUCGGUCCAUUGGAACCAGACACUGUUUACUAUUACCGUUGCGGUGGAGGAGGACCUGAGUUUCAUCUGAAAACACCACCAGCUCAGUUCCCGAUCACUUUCGCAGUGGCUGGCGAUCUUGGUCAAACCGGUUGGACCAAGUCGACGCUAGAUCAUAUCGAUCAGUGCAGAUACGAAGUGCAUCUGCUCCCCGGUGAUCUUUCUUAUGCUGACUAUAUGCAGCACAAGUGGGACACGUUCGGAGAGCUUGUUCAGCCUCUGGCGAGUGUGAGGCCCUGGAUGGUGACUCAAGGAAACCAUGAGAAAGAGAAUAUUCCCUAUUUGGUGGAUGAGUUUGUGUCGUAUAACUCGAGGUGGAAGAUGCCUUAUGCAGAGAGUGGAUCAAAUUCGAAUUUGUAUUACUCUUUUGAGGUUGCUGGUGUCCAUGUGAUCAUGCUUGGCUCAUACACAGAUUAUGAUCGGUACUCAGAUCAAUACAAUUGGUUAAAGGGUGAUCUCUCAAAGGUGGACAGAGAAAGGACUCCGUGGCUAAUAGCCUUGUUCCAUGUACCAUGGUAUAACAGUAACGAUGCCCAUCAAAAUGAAGGUGAUGGGAUGAUGGCUGAAAUGGAGCCUUUGCUUUAUGCGAGCGGUGUGGAUAUUGUAUUCACUGGCCAUGUCCAUGCUUAUGAACGCACGAAACGUGUCAACAAUGGUAAAUCAGAUCCAUGUGGUCCCGUACACAUAACUAUAGGAGAUGGAGGAAACAGAGAAGGACUAGCUCGCAAGUACAAAGAUCCAUCCCCAGAGUGGUCAGUCUUCAGGGAAGCAAGCUUUGGACAUGGCGAACUUCAGAUGGUGAAUUCAACCCAUGCGCAUUGGACCUGGCAUAGGAACGAUGACGAUGAGCCAACAAAAUCUGAUGAAGUUUGGUUAACCUCACUUGUGAACUCAGGAUGUUGGACGGAGAAGAAAUGGAAUGAAAACCUCAGAAAAAUACUCAUGGAACCUUGAUGAUAAGUGAGAAACAGUAAAGUAGUCCGAAGUAUAUAUAAAAAUCUACAAGGUUGUGGUGUUAGACUAUUGGCCACACCAUAGUAGAAGACUUUCACAAGCUGCAUAGAAUUCCUAGUUUCAACUUUGAGAUUUUGUAAGCUUGUAAACUUUGUGUUGUGAUGUGUUGUAUUGUUGUGACAUUAAUUACAUUACAUUUUUUAUCUUAAUGUGUUUUAUAUCCAA